AUUUAUAGACAAACAGGAGGCUGAUAGAUUCGGAAUUGAAGAAAACGAGUGUCCAUUAAUCUUAUUUUACGGGUGGGUGGGACUGUAUAGUGAAACAUGGCUGCAAUGGAGCUUUCGGGGGAACUCCAGACGGAGCAUGUUCAGUUUCCGGCCCACACACGCUUAAUGGAUGAAAUUGCUAUGGAAGUGCGCGAAACAGCUGGCCAGCAGGAGCUUACAGAUGCUCAAGUUGCAGAGAAAGUAGAGACAAUUCUAUUAGACAAAAUCAAAGAUGGAGACAAAUCAGCAAAUUUCCAGUUAGGCUUGUUGUAUUUUCACCAGGAUCAGUUUGACAAAGCAAAGUCCCUGUUUGAACGAUCAAAAGAUUAUGACUACCAGUCUCUUUUCAUGUACGGAAUUAUGAAAUAUGAUGGACUUGGAAUGGAGGUUGACAUGCGAGAUGGAAUCAAGUGCAUGAUUCAGAUCACCUCUUCUGAGUCUCGGCUGUGUAAGCAUUUGGUGCCUGCUGCGAGGUACAACAUUGGAAGAGCUUACUUUCAAGGAUACGGGGGUCAACAAUCAGAUACAGAAGCAGAAAAGUGGUGGCUCCUUGCAGCAGAUGAUGGAAACCCAAAGGCAAGCAUUAAGGCUCAAAGUAUCCUGGGCAUGUACUAUUCCAGACAGGACAAACAAUGCCAAGAUUUGAAAAAGGCUUUUUUCUGGCACUCAGAGGCAUGUGGAAAUGGAAGUUUAGAAUCUCAAGGAGCCCUCGGAGUAAUGUACAUGUUUGGCCUGGGUGUGCGAAAGGACAAUGAUGCUGCAUAUAUCUGCUUGAAGGAAGCAUCAGAAAGAGGCAAUGUCUACGCCAUGGGCAAUCUGGUUGCAUUGUUUUACAAAAGCAAAUUGUACACUAAGGCGUGUGAUCUUGGUUACAAGGUAUCCCAACUUUCAGAAGAAGAUGUCCCCGUUCUCGCUGCUGAGACAGACUGCUUGCCCUUGUACAUUGCUAAAGGAAUUGCAAUGGCUUGUUUUAUAUAUGCCAGAUGCUUGGUGGGUGGGCACAGUUUGAAGCCCAACAAGGAAUUAGCCAAAACAUAUUAUUCAAAGAGCUACAAAUUUGAUCCCGACGUAUGUGCACUUCUUCAACACACAACUCAACAAGGUGCACUCUAGAAAAUUGAACCCAUGUCUUCGGUUUUCCAAAGAAUUUGAUGGUGCCAUCAAUAUACAAGUUUCCCAGCCUGCCAAAAUGCAGUGGACAUGAGAUGGACAUUAUCUCUGCAAUGCUUACUCUUUAUUACUCCCAUGUAAACUUUUCUAGCAGUUAUGCUCAAAGAUAAUAUGCUUCCCUGGCCAGUAAGAGAAAUACACUCUCUUUCUAUAAUUUCCACCUGCUGACUUUUUCUGUUUUGUAAAAUUGAGUCAAGUUGAUUGAAAGAUGGUGUAUUCAUCUCUUUUCUACUUGGCCACACCCUUCUUGCUAUGUUAUUCAUGUAGUUAUGAAUGUAUUUCAAAACCUUCACCUAAAUCUGCAGGCCAGAAUUUUUAAUCCUUCAAAUGCCAAACUGGUUGAAUUGUGUUUCUUAUAAUCUUUUCCAACUUUGAAUGGAUUAUACCCAUUCAUUGUUUGGUCUAGAGAACAGUUCCACAUCUUGUUUCUGAAAAGCAAAAAUGAUUUUAUCAGACUUUCAAUGAUUUACGCUUUUAUAUUUCGUGGUAAAUCUUUGUUUGAAGAUGAUACUGUAAAAUAAUGUUGUCUGGAUGCUAGUCUGGUUUAAAUAAUUGUCAGGAAUUGUCUUCACUAUAUAACCAACAAAGUGACAAGGUCAUGGCCAUUUCUUGAUGUCAGGAUUUCCAUGUCCUGUCCAAUGCAACUGUUCUCAUGCCCAGAGAAAAGGACGCUGCUGCUGUUCUGCAAAGUGUGCUUAAAGUUUCAAGAGCCGUUGGCCCAAUUUGUGAUGUUUGAAAUCUUUAUAAGAACAGUCUAGCACACACAUACUGAACACGCACAGAACAAAAAAUACACAAAGUGAAAAGAUUUUCAGAUCCAGAAUUUUUUCUUAUUAUUUAUCCUUUGUAUUCAGAACAUGCCCACAAAUCCAAAAAAAUUGUUGCCUACAUGGCAAUAAAAAGUUGUAUGAGCAAGCGAGGGUAGAUGUACUUAAUAAACACAACAGCAAAUUUUGUUUACCAAAGUAGCCAUGAUGAAAGAGAGAGAGAAAGAAAGGAAGAGAGAGAGAGAAAGGGAGAGAUCAUGGUCAGUACCCAUGUAGGCCAAUGACUUCUCUACUAUAAGUAUAAGCCGGGGCACUUUACUUGCAUAUAAUGGAGAGUCUGCAGUGGAAGGCAUAUAAUGUCGCCACAUGAGUCAGCCUACUUCCUCUUCAACAGAGAUUACACUACUGCACAAUAGCUUGUUGGUGUUCUGCAAAUGAAGUUAGGUUUGAAGUUGUUGUAGAAAAUGAACGAUGGCAGAGCAUAUUAUAAGAGCUGGAAAAGCUUUUUGGUGGAGAAAAAGCAGCUUAUCAUGGCAGAGGUGAAUUUAAAAAAUCAAUGUAAAAAUCCCAGAUCUGCAAAACGUAGGCCUAUGAUAAUUUUAUUUCGUUGGUGACUCAAGCAAUCCGCUUUAGGUCCAUUUGGACCUACUUUUUACACCAGAUAGGCCUUCAAAAAAUAGUUUUUGUUGUGUUGUUCCUAUAUAUCAGUAGUCAUGAAAAGCAAGAAAUCUUUGAUAGAGUUUGGGGAGGGGGUAAAAAUCGAAAAUUCGAAGAAUGUGGACUUGAGUAGAUUCUUUGCGUCAGCAACGAGAUAAAAAGAAUUUAAAAACCACGAAUCCAACACACAUCAUGUACGCAUGGUGUCGUGACAAAGGGGACAUAAUUCAUGUAAAAUUUGGACCCAAUUAUCCAACUUGUCUAUCUCCCUUGAUAUAGCCUGAAAUUACGUUGUGAAAGGGUAUCUGCGUCCUACCAAUUUCUCUUUCCGCGUGCUAUGGGUUUUAAAAUGAGCAGUAUAAUUUGCAAUGACAAGCUAUACAAAAAAGUAAAGAAGGAAUAUAUCCUGUCAAUGUGAAUUAGAUCUACUCCUUAAGUAAAUUAAUGUCUUCUGCUAUGUGCACAUGUUGAGUUCAAUAAUAGUCAAGUAAAGAGAUUUCUAUUUC